AUGAGAGCAGCCAUAGUCCCCUUCACCUUCCUCGUCGCCAUAUUCGGCCAAACCAUCUUCGCACAGUCAUGUCAACCCGACGGCGGAAUCGGUUUCAAUAUCAACGUUGGGGACCUCGAUUCAGUCCGCUGCUGCAGCGGCUGCGGAUGGAAUAGUUGUCGUCUCGGAGAUUCACAGGGAACACUUUAUUAUUGCCCGUCGGCUUCAGGCGGUCGAUGCAAUUUGCAACCUAGCAUGUGUGGAUAA